CCGGGAGUUGUCGACGCGACCAGUCACAUGUGACAAUCGUGCCUCCUCCGUUCUCUAUAUCUCAUGUCUUAUGGCAACUCAAAUCCUGCAAGUCGUAAAACCCAAAUCUUACAGGACUCGAUACCCGCGUAAACUCGCCGGGAAACCUCUCCUCUAUAUCGCGAGCGGUCUCGCCUCUCUGGGCGACGCGCUUCUCGGCUAUUCGCAAGGCAUCACGGCGGGUUUCCAAGUCCAACCUACCUUCAUUUACCGCAUAUACGGCGAGACAGUAACUCACAGCCAAAUCAGCACCGGCACGACCCACGUCGAUCCACGCCUACCUGCCAUCAUCAUCUGCUCACUUUGUUCCGCCGCGGUCGUGUCCUCUCUACUUUCGCCCUACGCAUCCGACUUUCUAGGAAGGCGCCAGGCCAUGCAGAUCGGAGCGGUCUUGUAUCUCAUCUCCUCAUGUGUGCAGAUGAUAGCCCCCGACUUCACGACACUCGUUGUGGGGAGAGCCAUCCAGGGCCUUGCUGCGGGGAUGAUCAGCACGACGUCGGCUGUGUAUCAAGUCGAAAUAUCGCCGGCUGGGUCUCGAGGCAUGCUCACUGGUCUGGAAGCACUGUGCAUGAACGCCGGGUAUGCGGCUGCGUCCUGGGUUGCGUAUGCGUUUUUCGUGGACUCCAAGGCCGACCAUGCCUGGCGGGGACCGUUCGCAGUGCAGGCCGUCGUCUCGCUCGUGCUUCUUGUAGGGUCCUUCUUUCUCCCUGAAUCUCCUCGAUGGCUUCUUCAAAAAGGAUUUCUCACAGAAGGACUGUGGACCCUUGCCGACCUUCACGCUGGGGGCGACGUCACUGACGAAGGCGUCAAUCGUACCUACCAUGCUAUUGUCGCGACAUUGAAACUCGACGACGCGGCUCGCGGAAGUCGCCUUGGUGCUUGGCGGGACUUCAAGAACUACCCUCGGCGCACGCGGAUAACUAUCACCUCAAGGAUGUUCGCCCAAAGCAACGGCAUCAAUGCGAUACUGCACUUUCUUCCUGAGCAUCUUGCCCACGCGGGAUACCCUAUCCGGCGAUCCUUGUUCUAUGCUGGGGUCUGUUCGCUGUUCUACAGUCUUGGACCGCUUCCUGCCAUUCUUUUUGUCGACAAAGUUGGCCGGCGACGUUUUCUCAUCGCUGGUAGCAUGGCACUGGCUUGUUCUCUGGUCAUUCUGGGAUGCCUGCAACUCUACAUAAGACGAUGGCCCGCACUCCAUGAUCUGAGCGGUGCUCGCGGCGUUGUAUUCGGGGUGAGCUUAUAUCUGUUCUUCUUUGGUGCAACAUGGGGUCCUGUCCCUUGGCUGAUCAGCGCCGAGCUCUUUCCUCUCCGAAUGCGGGCGAAGGGCAUGGCGAUCUCUACUGCUUCGGACUGGGCCUUUGAAGGUGUUGUGGGCAUCGCUACUCCGCCACUCCUCAUCAAAUUCGGAGGCAUAUAUUACUUUGUGCUCGCUGGUGCUUGUGUGUUCUCUGGAUUCGUCGUCUGGUGGAUCUAUGUCGAGACCUGUGGCAGCCCUCUGGAGGUCAUCGGCGGGAUGUUCGGAGAUGCGCUUCCAUCUCAAAAUCAGAUCGACCAGGAGGACCCCGUGCUGCACGUCCAGCGCACACGGUUGCGUCUCCGGUCUGUGCUCAGUAUGCCUGAGAUUGCGACCCGGUCGACGGCUGUUGCAAGUCACACGGGCACAUCCCAGAUUACUCUUGCAGUAGUGCAGGAGGACGGCAUCGGCGGGAAAGAUGCGGAAAAGAACGUAUAG